AUGUUAAUAUUUAUAAUAUCAAUAAUAAUUACUAUUGCCUCAAUAAUAUUUUUAUUUGAAACUGUAUUUAAUAAAAAUAGUAAUACUAUAAAUAAUAAUAAUAAUAGUAAUAAUAAUAAUAAUAAUAAUAAUAAUAAUAAUAAUAAUAAUAAUAAUAAUAAAAAUAAUAUAAAAGAAAACAACAUAGACAAAAAUAAAGAAAUUAAAAUAAAAGAAAAAUUAAUUUUAAAUAAUAAUGACCCAAAAGAGAACGAUUUAAAAUAUAAAGAAGAAUUUAAUAAUUUUUUAAAUAAAUUUUCAAAAAAUCAAGAAUAUGGUUAUAAAGAUAAUUUAAUUGAUAAUGAAUUAAGAAAUCAUUAUAAUAAUAAUAAUAAUAAUAAUAAUAAUAAUAAUAAUAAUAAUAAAGAUGAUCAAUUUCCAAAAUUAAAAGACAUAGUUUAUUUAGAUCAUGCAGCGAGUACAUUAGCAUCAAUGAAUCAAAUUGAAGAGAUAUCAAAAGAGUUAAAGAAUUCAAUGUUUUGUAAUCCACAUAGUGUUAAUCCAAUUGGACUAAAAACCAAAGAAGAGGUUGAUUCAAUUAGAGAGAACAUAUUAAACUAUUUCAAUGCACCCUAUAGACAAUAUAGUGUAAUAUUUACAAGUGGUUGUACUGAUAGUUUAAAAAAAGUUGGUGAAUAUUUUGCAUGGACUAAAAAUAGUAAAUUCUAUUAUUCAUUAGAAUCUCAUAAUUCAUUAUUGGGUAUAAGAGAAUAUGCAUGUGAAUCAAUUGGUGGAAGUUCAACCACCUCAUUUCAACCAAUACCCUCAUUAUAUUUUAAAUGUAAUAAUAAUCAAUUUAACGAUAUUUUAGAGAUUAUUGGUAAUAAUGAUGAUAAUAAUAAUGAAUCAUAUAGUUUAUUUGGAUAUCCAGGACAAUGUAAUUAUUCAGGUACGAAAUAUCCAUUAGAAUUAAUAAAUAGAAUUCAAAAGAAGUAUCCAAAAUGUAAGGUGUUACUUGAUGCAGCGAGUUUAGUAUCAACAUCAUCAUUUGAUUUAACAAAGUAUCCAGUUGAUUUUAUGACAAUUUCAUUCUAUAAAAUGUUUGGUUAUCCAACUGGUAUUGGCGCAUUAAUUGUAAAGAAUGAUAGUGGUGAGAAAUGUUUAAUCAAUAAAAAGUAUUUUAGUGGUGGUACAGUUAAUGUUUCAAUGGCACAGGAAAGAUUUCAUGUUGAUAGACCCUCAUUAAGUGAAAGAUUAGAAGAUGGUACUAUUAAUUUCAUGAAUAUAAUUUCAUUAAAACAUGGUUUCAAUAUUAUAAAUAAUCAAUUAGGUGGUAUUGAUAAUGUUAAAUUACACACAUUUUCAUUGACUCAAUAUUGUAAAGAGGAAAUGUUGAAAUUGUAUCAUAGUGAUAAUUCAAAACAACAACAACUUUGUAUAAUCUAUUCAGAUAAUCAUUUUAAAGAUUCAAGUAAACAAGGUUCAAUUAUUAAUUUCAAUAUAUUUAGAUCAAAUGGUGAAUUAUUUGGAUAUAAUCAAGUUGAAAAGUUAGCAUCAUUAUCAUCGAUUUAUUUAAGAACUGGUUGUUUUUGUAAUCCUGGUGCAUGUCAUGGUUAUUUAAAUCUAUCAAAAAAAGAUAUUGAACAACAUUUAAAAGAUGGUCAUGUUUGUUGGGAUUCAAAAGAUAUAUUAAAUGGUAAACCAACUGGUUCAGUUAGAAUCUCAUUUGGUUAUAUGAAUAAUUUUAAUGAUGUUUAUAAAUUCAUUAAUUUCUUAAAAUCAAAUUUUAUAAAUGAUCAUAAAUUUGAAAAAGAAGUUAUAAAAUCAAAUAAAAAAAUUAAUAAUAAUCUUUGUGAUAUUAGUGAUAAUAUUAGUUGUAGUGGAAGUUGUGGUGGAAGUUGUGGUAGUAGUGGAAGUGGUAUUGAGGAUUACCAAGUUCAAUAUAGUAAUAAUAUAAAAGAAGAAAAAGAAGAAGAAGAAAAAGAAGAAAUUGAAAAUUUAAAAAAUGAAAAAGAUAAUGAUGAAGUUUUAUUAUCAGAAAUUUAUAUUUAUCCAGUUAAAUCAUGUUCAGGACAUAAAGUUGUAAAUGAUAAAUGGGAAUUAGUACCAUCAGGAUUAAAAUAUGAUAGAGAGUGGACAAUUAUUGAUCAAAGUGGAAAUUAUAUAAAUCAAAAAAAGUUACCAAUUUUAGCAUUAAUUCAAACUGAAAUCGAUUUAAUUAAUGAUAAAUUAAUUUUAACAGCACCAGAGAUGAAAGUUUUAUCAAUACCAUUAUCUUAUUAUCCAAUAUCUGCUUUUGAUCAAAUUCAAGUUUGUGGUGAUAAAGUUGAUGGUUUAUUAUAUGGAGAUAAAGAUUUCUCAAAUACUAGUGGUAGUAGUGCUGGUAGUGGUGGUGGUGGUGGAGGUAAUAUUGAUAAUAUUAGUGAAUGGUUAUAUCAAUUUAUAGGUAAAAGAUGUUAUUUAGUUAGAAAAUCACCAGAAUCACAUAGAAAAUCAAAAGUUGACUCAUCAAAUGAAAUUUCAUUUGCAAAUGAAUCACCAUAUCUUUUAAUUAAUGAAGAGAGUGUAUCAGAUUUAAAAAAGAGAAUUAUAAAGGAUAACCCUGAUAGCGUACCUUCUGAUUGGAAUUGGAUAAGUAAACAUAGUUUUAGAGCAAACUUUAUCAUCACUGGUGGUAAGGCUUAUCAAGAAGAUCUAUGGUCACAAUUUCAAUUAAUUAGUAAACAACAAAAUGAUACCACUCAAUCAUCAUCGUCACCGUUAGUAUUUAAUUCAGUUGGUGAUUGCAAUAGAUGUAAAAUGAUAUGUAUUAAUCAAAAGAUGGGUAUUGAAGAAAGAGAGCCAUUAUCAACUUUAGCAUCCUAUAGAAGAUCAGGUGGUAAAAUUAUAUUUGGCCAACAUUUAAAUUUUGCUGAUUCAAUCAAAAGAAAUAAUUCUCAUACAAAUGAUACAGCUUUAAGUAGUAAUGAAUCUUCAAUCUCAUCUUCAAAUCCAAUAUUUUUACAUGUUCCAAGUAAAUUAAAAGUUUUAUCAGAGAGAUAUUAA